ACUGUAGGUAAGAUAUGUACAGUCAGUCACCGCUGACUGAUGAGGUGACAAAGGUCACUGUAUUACUCAAGGUCUAGUCCUCGCAUGUGCAAUUGCUGCUCGUGCCGCACGGGCCUGGGACGUGUGUACGUACCAGCACGCCGUUCGCCGCCCAUCAACUACCGGCUUACCCUACAGACAUUUGGUCUUCAACUCGGCUGGAAAGAUUGGCGGCGAGUAAUCGUUUACCUGCUGUAGAUUUGCCUCUGGGAGAACAUAGACCUAAUUCCGAAACGUAUGCGGCAGCUAGUUCAGGGAUAAUUGACUCUUCUGCUUCCUGUUAGCAGCAAACGGUGUUACCGCUUCGCAAACAACCCAAGCGUCCAUCCGGUUAAUAGCAAUAGAUCAUUGUCCAAAACCACACGUACAUACAAUGGCCCACCAGAAGAUUGUUGGAAGCCCAGGAGUCUGCAAUGUUGUCAAGAUCACCCCAGAGAAGAGUUCGCGGCCAGCCGACGCAGAGGCCAAGGCACACCACCCAAAACCUGGCAAGGCAGCGUUCCGCAACCCGUGGCCAAGCUGGCAGGAAAUCCCUCCCGAUGCACUCAAGGCGCACGUGAUGCAGCGAAAUUGGCUCAGUACUUGGACACAUCCAUCGACGGCUGAAUCCGAUUUUCCGAUCAGAAAACCCGACCUCGCCAGGGACCGGCUCGUCCCACACGACGCGGGCCGUCUGCACGCAACAUGGCUCGGUCACGCGUGCUACUUUGUCGAGUACCCCUCGGGCCUACGUGUUCUGUUUGAUCCUGUCUUGACGGACCGGUGUUCUCCGUCUUCAUGGAUCGGGCCGCGGCGGUUUACCCCGUCACCCUGCCAGAUCAGCGAUCUCCCGUUUGUGGACAUUGUUGUCAUCUCACAUAACCACUACGACCAUCUGAGCUAUCCGACCGUCAAGGAGAUCCAGGUUCACCACCCCAACGCGCACUUCUUCGUACCCCUCGGCAACGCGGCUUGGUUCGCGUCUUCAGGCCUCCACAACGUCACCGAGAUGGACUGGUGGGAGCAGGCCAGCGUGUCCAUCCCAACGGGCCACGAUGGAGACGGAUCGCGCCCCCUCUCAGCGACCGUGUCUUGCCUGCCUGCGCAGCACACCACAGGCCGAGGGCCUUUUGGUACGGACAAGACAUUGUGGGCAUCGUGGGGUGUGGCCUCCGACGAGGCAUCCGUUUUCUUUGGAGGGGACACGGGCUACCGCUUCGUGCCCUGGCUCAAGGACGACCAGGACCGCGACUGGGAUGACGAGUACGCCGCGCUCCCUCGCUGUCCGGCUUUCGCGCAGAUUGGAGAUCUCCGGGGCCCGUUCACCUUGGGUCUCCUCCCUAUCGGGGCCUACGAGCCCCGUGCGCUCAUGUCUUCCAUCCACGCCAACCCCCGGGAUGCCGUCGAGAUCCAGAGAGACGCGCGCUGCCGGCGCGCUCUGGCCAUGCAUUGGGGCACUUGGGUGCUGGGGGAUGAGCCUGUGCAGGAGCCGCCCCGGAAGCUGGCCGAGGCGCUCGUCGCUCUCGGCUUGCCGGAAAGGGGCCUAUUUGACGUGUGUGACAUUGGCGAGAGGGUCUCUAUUCCGCUGGACGGGUAGGUAGCUACGAUAGGAAAGGCCUUGACACUGCCUAUCUUCUGUUCAACCUAGACUUAAAUUGAUGUUACCUCAAA